GAAUAAGGAAAUAAUCACGGAUAAUAAAAAUUUGUUGUUACAUCAUGCAGUUGGGAUGUGUUCUUAUCAGUAAAGAGACUAACUGAAUAUGUAUUUCCGUUCUCAAUGAUUAAAUUCAAGUGUUUUCUGCAAAAUCCAAAUGUACCCAAAUUAAUCAUUUAUUUUUCUCAAAUUCUUGUACGCUGAGACAGCUAUUUAAUUUCGUACUUAGUAGAAGAAAAUUGUUAUAAUAUAUAGUUGAUAUUAUUAUUUGUGCAACGUGAUAUUACUUACAACAAAACGGACAACGAAUUUGGUUUCAAAGUAAGAGUUUUACUUUGUACAGUUCGAUGGAGGAACAAAAUGGGUCCAAUAAACGAAAACUAAAAGCACACCCUCAAGAAAGGUCAAAUAUUUUAUCAGCUCUAUUUCACUGGUGGACAAUACCAAUAUUCAGAAUAGGUUUGAAAAAAGACAUAUCCGAGGAAGACAUUUAUCAAACUUUACAACACCACCAAGCUGAAGGCCUAGCUAACCGUCUAGAAAAAGCAUGGAAGAGUCAACUCAAAAAUCCCGACCCGUCCUUGUGGAAAGCCAUGUUGAAAGUUUUCAAACUGGAUACAAUCGUGUGCUUAAGUUUUUUUUCUUUCAUUAACUUGAUUUUGAAAAUUACCCAUCCUGUAGCUUUUGGGAAACUCAUGGCUUAUUACUCAUUCGCUUCGACAGAAUCAUCCAAGUAUGAUGCAAUUUUUUACGCUAGCAUAAUCGUUAUAGUUAGCGUAACAGAUUCAGUUUUGACAAAUUAUUAUGUCCUGCAACAUAUGCAAGCGUUUAUGAAAUUCAGGGUUGCUUGCUCCUCAUUGAUUUAUCGAAAAUCACUGCGUCUGAGCAAAUCAGCUCUGGGUGAAACGAACGUUGGACAGAUAGUGAAUUUAUUAACGAAUGAUAUGCAACAAAUUAAUCUGUCUUUACGUGCCGUUUGUACUAUCUGUGUUUCGCCAUUUCAGACAGUGAUUGUUCUUUAUCUUCUUUAUGAUUAUUGUGGACCUACAGCGUUAGUAGGGGUUGUUUUGUUAGUGGUUCUUACUCCUUUUCAAAUGUACAUUAGUAAAAUCAUAGCAGGUUUAAGAUCAAAAGUUGCUGUGAGAACUGAUGACAGAAUGAGUCAUAUGAAUGAGAUCAUUUCAGGUAUUCAAGUUAUCAAAUUGUAUGGAUGGGAGCAACCAUUUAUCAAAAUGAUUGAUACAUUCAGAAGGGUGGAAGUGAAAUUUAUCAGAAAGCUGUCUUACUUAAACUCGUUUCUGGUAUCACUAAUGAAAUUUGUUGAACGAACUGUUAUAUUUUUGUGUAUAUUGGUCUAUGUUUUGACGGGGAAUAACCCAAACGCUCAUUACGUAUAUGUUGUCACCUCUUUUUAUUCAAUAUUGGUGAUUUCGGUAUCAGUCCUGCUUCCACUAGCAGUUUCUGAUUUACUAAAAGCCAAUGUAUCCAUCAAAAGAUUUGAAAAAUUUUUAAAACUCGAAGAAGUAGAACUGAUAAAGAAAACACAAGAGGCGGUUGGCAUUAAAGUUAAAAAAGUUACCGCCAAAUGGGUACAGAGCUAUGAGCAUAAUACAUUAUCGGACGUUGAUUUUGAAAUUUAUCGAAAUCAGACAGUGGCUAUAGUAGGACCCACUGGCAGUGGAAAAUCAAGCUUGUUGCACUUAUGUCUGGGUGAAAUUCCGAUCAUUAAAGGGUCAAUAGAAAUUGGUGGUACAAUUGCUUACGCAAACCAAGAACCUUGGUUGUUCGGAGGUACAGUGAAGCAAAACAUUCUUUUUGGUCUACCAAUGCUGCCUAAAAAAUAUAAAGAAGUUGUAAGGGUUUGUGCCCUAGAAGACGACAUGGUACAGUUUCCUCAUGGUGAUAACACGAUAGUAGGGGAACGUGGAAUCCUUCUAAGUGGUGGCCAGAAAGCUAGAAUCGGUUUAGCUAGAGCUGUAUAUAAAGACGCAGACAUAUACUUACUUGAUGAUCCUCUAUCAGCUGUUGACGCAAAUGUUGGGAAACAAAUUUUUAACAAUUGUAUAAUUGGUUACUUGAAAGGCAAAUGCACAAUUUUAGUAACACAUCAGACACAGUAUUUAGCAUCUGUCGAUAAAAUCUACCUACUGACAGACGGCAAAAUUUCAGUUUCUGGGAGUUAUACAGAUCUUCUAAAAGAAAAUAAUUUCGCGUAUGCUUUGAAAGAAAAUGAGACCCAUCAAGAUGAAGCAAGUGAAAUGACGGGCACCGAUCUAUCUAAGCUAGAACAUAAAGAACAGAAUGUAACAAGUGAAACGCGGGCUGUUGGCAAAGUAUCUAUCACAGUUUAUCAAAGUUAUAUGCGUGCUUGUGGGUCUUAUUGGAUCUGUUUAUUAACAUUAGUACCAUUUGUGUUAUGUGAGUGUUUUGGGACAGGAGCAGACUAUUUUAUUGCAUUCUGGGUCAAUUUGGAACAACGAAGAUUAUCUGACAAUAAUACUCUGCAAAAUAAGUUUGAGGAAAUGAGUUUUACUAAUAAUAACAGCAUGUAUAUAUACUCUGCCAUAAUUGUAAUUUUAGUUGUAAUGAUUCUUGCUCGAUCCAUAUCUUUUAUACGAGUAUGCAUGCAUGCAUCUAUAUACUUACACGACAAAAUGUUUACGACUAUUAUAAAUACUACAAUGAAAUUUUUUCACACAAAUGUAUCUGGGAGGAUAUUAAACCGAUUUUCAAAAGACAUAGGAAACAUAGAUGGAGAGUUACCAAUAGUACUAUUCAACACCCUGGAGCUAAGCAUAGCUGUUAUUGGUGCUAUUAUAUCAGUCUGUAUAAUUAGUCCUUGGAGUCUGAUUCCUACGUUUGUAAUAUUAAUAUUGAUGUAUAUUAUACGAAGAACCUACUUGGCUAGCAGCUUAAAUCUUAAACGCCUGGAAUCCACAAGUCGCAGCCCAAUCUUUGCUCACUUGACAGAAUCUGUUAAGGGUUUGACGACUAUUAGAGCUUUCGAUAUUCGACAUAUCUUACAUAAAGAAUUUGAAAACUUGCAAAACUUCCAUACUUCAAUUUUCUAUAUGACCUUAGGUACAAACAGAGCUUUCUCGAUUGGAUUAGAUUUCGUUUGUGUGUGCUACUCCUCAGUAGUUACAAUUAUGACAAUUUUUCAAGAGACUUCUGGCGGAACUGUUGGGUUUGUUAUCACAAAAUCUAUGAGUCUGGUAGGCGUGUUUCAAUGGGCAAUACGAACUCUGAGCGAACUUGAAAAUCAGAUGACAUCAGUUGAAAGAGUGGUUGAAUAUACAGAACUAGGUCAAGAACAGGAUCAUAAAGUGAAAACACUUUCGUCUGUUUGGUUUCCUAGUGGCAAAAUUGAAUUUAAGUCAGUGUUUAUGCAGUAUUCCUCGAAUGAUCCUUACGUUCUCAAAAACUUGAAUAUACUUAUAAAACCUAAGGAAAAAAUAGGUAUCGUUGGAAGAACUGGGGCUGGAAAAUCGUCAUUAGUUUCUGUUUUGUUCCGUUUGGUCAACUUUGAGGGUGAUAUUUUUAUAGACGAUGUAAACACCAAAGAUGUUGCUUUAUCGUCCUUACGACCCAAGAUUUCGAUUAUUCCUCAAGAUCCAGUUCUAUUUGCGGGAUCAGUACGUAAAAAUUUAGAUCCAUUUGAACAGUAUUCUGACGAAGAAAUCUGGCGAGUGUUAGACGAAGUUAAACUGAAAGAGGCUGUCUCUAAUAUGUCUGGAAAUCUUCAUAGCAAUUUGUCAGAAGGUGGUACUAACUUCAGUGUUGGACAAAAACAGCUGAUUUGUUUGGCAAGAGCCAUGCUGAAAAAUAACAACAUUUUAAUCUUGGAUGAAGCAACUGCAAAUGUUGAUCCACAGACAGAUGAGCUAUUGCAAAGUACUAUAAGAAAAAGCUUUGCAAAUUGCACUGUUUUGACGAUCGCUCAUCGACUACACACAAUAAUGGAUUCCGAUAAGGUUUUAGUGAUGGAUGAAGGAUAUGCAGUUGAAUUUGAUCAUCCGCAUGUGUUAUUGGAAAAUCAGAAAACAUUUUACAAUUUAGUCAUGAAAACAGGAAAUGUAAUGUCUGAAAAUUUAACAACCAUAGCCGAAAAGAAUUAUAAAACAAGAGGUGAUAAUAUAAUUUUAUGAGAAAAUCGGUACCUGUACAGAUUUUGGUCCAUGUUACUUAAAUUUUUUGGAUUAUUGUUUAAACAGUAUUUACUAAUAUUUGAUACCUGCAUUUUUGAAAAAAUGAAUAUAAAUCUGAAAUGAAUUCUUGCCUUCAUUAUUUAUUUUAGCGUUGUGUUCGUUAUGGUAUUCCUUAGUGAUUUUAACACCAGUUUUACCGCCCCCGAUUUUGUGUUAUAAUAUCCGUUUCAUUCACAUAAGCUUCUUAUUUUCGGUGACUGUUUUCCAAUCUCGUCCCUACAGUAGU